AUGGAGCGCAUUCACCCGUGGGAGAGGCUCAUAGAGUUUUAUUUUGAGAUUGGCCUCAAAUAUAAAGACAUUAAAUCAGUGCUCGCGAGUAAACACGGUUUUCAUGUAAGUGAGAGACAACUGAAGCGACUACUUAACGCAAGAGGACACUUUCGUCGAAAAACAUUCUGUGACUUGGAAGUCCUGAUUGAAUUCAUUAGCAACCAAAUACAGUACACUGGACAGCUUCACGGUUACCGGUGGAUGUUUGCUAAAUGCAGAGAACAUGGACUACGAGUGAGGAAAGAGGAUGUGCGCUUGGUGUUGAAGGAGCUGGAUCCGAGAGGAGUGUCAUUAAGGCAGGCAAGACGUCUCAGACGACGGAGCUACUUCUCAAGAGGGCCAAACUUCAUAUGGCACAUGGACUCUUAUGAUAAACUGAAGCCAUAUGGCAUUUGUGUCAGUGGAAGUAUUGAUGGUUUUUCGAGGAAAAUAAUGUGGCUCAAUGCCUACACAACAAGUAGUGACCCAAAGUUGAUCGGAGGUUAUUAUAUGGACAUAGUGCAGCGUUUAGAGGGUUGCCCUCAGAUUGUGAGAGGCGAUCUUGGAACAGAAAAUGGCCAAGUCAGAGGAUUCCAGCGUUUCCUCGUCCCCACUCCCCCAGACAGCACCCUUGACAGUUACUUGGAUGGAGCCAGCACCGCCAAUCAGAGAAUUGAAUAUUGGUGGGGUUUUCUUCGCAGCCAGUGUGUGGAGUUCUGGUUAUCCCUGUUUGGAGACCUCAGAGACAACGGGUUCUUUGAUGGUGGAUUUCUGGACAAAAGCCUCCUUCAAUUUUGUUGCAUGGGACUCAUCCAGGAUGAGUUGGAUGACACUGCACAAGUUUGGAACGCACACACCAUCAGGCCCUCAAAGAACAUAAACGUCCCCAGCGGUCGGCCUAAUGUGAUGUAUGCCUUGCCUGAACUUUACGGGACAAGAGACUUCCUUUCCCCAGAUGAAAAUGAACAUGUUCAACUGUGCAAAAACCAAUGUGUCUUUCGCCAGACAAUACCAUGCGAUCCGGAUUUAUAUGAACUAUGCAAUAUCUUUAUGGCCGAGUCUCAUCUGACUCCACCAACAGAUCCAUAUCAGGCUGUGAACUUGUAUAUGCACCUAAGAGAGGCCAUCAGUGUAUCUCUGUAAGUCACAAGUAUUGAGUUGUGUCCUGUAUGGGCCAGAGAGUUGAGCUGUUGGUAUAGUGUAUUGUAUUUUUCCUUGCUAUCAUUGCUAUCAUUAACCAUGCUAUAUGUUUAUGUUCUGUUAUUUUAACUGAUUUGAUUUGAUGUAUGUUUGGCUUGAUGUAUGGGUAAAAAUACAACACUAUUGAUCCUC